AUGAAAGCACUUUCGCCAGUAAUCAGUUUACGAAACGUUCAUACAAAUGCUUCGGCGGUUCGAUUUGUUGAUCCACAACACAAUCUUGGAGAUGUUGAUUUAUUGCGUCAAAUUGGGUACAAGCAAGAGUUGAGACGUCAUUAUUCUACUAUUCAAUGCUUUGGUAUUGCAUUUUCAAUCAUGGGACUUGUGCCAAGCAUAGCAUCAGUGAUGGCUACUGGUUUAGCAACUGGACCUGCUGGUUUAGUUUGGGGAUGGUUUAUUGCUGGUUUGUUUAUAAUUUGUGUUGGUCUUUCCAUGAGUUUUAUGGGUAGUGCAAUACCCACCAGUGGGGGUUUGUAUUAUUACUCAAACUAUUAUUGUCCCGAUAGAUAUAGAAUAGUAUUGAGUUAUUUAAUUGGAUGCUCAAACUCCCUCGGAUUGACCAGUGCCAUAUGCAGCAUCACUUAUGGGUUUGCGAUAGAGGUGUUAUCAGCUGUUUCAAUUUCAAUGGACAAUAAUUUCGAACACACAAAUUUGAAAACCUAUGGUGUAUUCGCUGCAGGAAUUGUAUCGAAUAUGGUUAUUGCAUGUUUGACAACUAAACAUGCUGCUAAGUUUCAAACGUUUUCAAUAUGUGUCAAUGUGUUUUUGAUUGUACUAUUUCUCAUUGCAGUGCCAGUGGGAUUUUCCAAAAACAAUAGUUUCAACUCGGGAAAAUACAUUUUUGGCCAGUGGGAGAACCAACGGGAUUGGCCUAUGGGAUGGAGUGCCAUCAUGUCAUGGAACCCAGCUAUAUGGACCAUUGGAGCAUUUGAUUCAGUUAUCCAUUGUUCUGAAGAAGCAUUGAAUGCCCAGAGAUCCAUUCCCAUUGGCAUAUUGGGAUCGAUUCUUGCUUGUUGGGUCACAGGGUGGGUGAUUGUUAUUGUUUGUGCCGCCUGCAUUAAAGACGGUGACACCGUUCGUGUUCUUGCUUCGGAAACAGGAUCCGCUAUGGCUCAAAUCAUUUAUGAUGCCUUGGGAAAGAAAUGGGCUGUUGCUUUCAUGUCGCUAAUCUGUGUGGGUCAAUACCUCAUGGCAAUUUCUUUGAUGAUUGCAUUAUCGAGGCAAGUGUGGUCAUUUGCUAGGGAUGAUGGGUUACCAGUGGUUUACAAAUGGGUCAAAUAUGUCGAUCCAAAGAUUAAGGUUCCAAUCAGAGCUACAAUUUUUGCUGGUUGUUGUGCAUUGGUUAUGGGCUGCUUGUGUAUUAUUCCUGGAAGUGCUGGUGCCAAUGCAUUGUUUUCCCUUGCAAUAGCAUCAAACACCUUAUCAUGGGGCACACCAGUUGUACUUCUAGUUUUGCCAUAUGGUAGAAAGAAGUUCAUACCAGGACCUUUUUAUUUUGGAAAGACUAAAUCGUUGAUGGUGAAUAUCGUAACCACAUUGUUUCUACCGUUUGUUAUUGCUAUGAAUAUGGUCCCUGAUUCCACACGUGUCGAUAAAGAUAGUAUGAAUUACACUUGUUUGGUGAAUGGAGGUGCUUGGUUAUUGUGCAUCAUUUAUUAUUACCUAUGGGCCUACAAGAAUUACACUGGACCAAAGUCCAAUCUUGAUGGCACAGAGUCGGAGGGAGAAGAAACUUCGAGUGUUAAGAAUAUUGAGGGAGUUUUGGAGGAGAAAACGUGA